UUUGUGGUAAAAAUUACGCCUAGCUUAGAACCAGAACCCAGCCCAACUAGACAAAGUUGAAACUUGGAACAAAUAUUUACAGAUGGCGCCAGCGUGGAAAAUGUCUAAAAUGUCAUCCUCAAAAUGAUCUGCAGGGAGAUCUGGGGGUGGCAAAUAUAGUUAAAUGAGAAAAAUUAAAAAUUAUUAAAACGGGAGAUUGUGUCAUUUCACAAGUAUCAUUUUUUGAUGAAAUGGCGGGCGAAGCGAGUCACAAGAAGAAAGGAAAACUAUCACGACAAGAAUCUAAUCGAUCAGGAAAAGGCACAGAAGUGGAAGACAGGCCUAUUGCCGGUGCCAGUAACACACAAGACAAAACCAGUGGAGGUUUACGAGUUUACAAAAUUGUUGUAUUAGGAGAUGGAGGUGUUGGAAAAUCAGCUGUCACUCUGCAGUUUGUAAAUCACAGUUUUUUGGAUUACCAUGACCCGACAAUUGAGGAUUCUUAUCAAAAACAAGUUGUCAUUGAUGGUGAAGCAGCCCUUUUAGAUAUACUGGACACAGCAGGGCAAGUGGAAUUUACCGCCAUGAGGGAUCAGUACAUGCGUUGCGGUGAGGGCUUCCUUAUUUGUUACAGUGUAACAGAUCGUCACAGUUUCCAAGAGGCACUUGAAUAUCGAAAGUUAAUACAAAAAGUGCGAGCUUCCGAAGAUACACCUUUAGUACUUGUGGGAAAUAAAUUUGACCUUCAGUUACAGAGGAAGGUUACGACUGAGGAAGGUAGGACUUUAGCGCGGCAGUUCGCCUGCCCUUUUUAUGAAACAUCUGCUGCUCUUCGCACAUUUGUUGAUGAUGCUUUUCACACUUUAGUUAGAGAGAUUAGGAAUAAGGAACGAGAAAAACUUGGACCUGUUAAUGAGCGAAAACCACAUCGUCAUAGUAAGUGGUGGAGAUUAAGAAGUAUAUUUGCAUUAGUGUUCAAACGAAAAAGACACUCAAGUUAUAGUUCAUAACUUUUAAAUAAUUAUUCCUUGGUUCUCUACCACCUCAGACAAUCAUUUUGGUUUUGUUAGUCAUUGUUGAUUGGGUUCCAUGUUAACAUCGCAAAAAAUACUUAAUAACACGUUAUAACUGAGGUGACCCACACAAUUUUUAUUUGUGCUCCACAUAUUAAGACUUAUAAACAAAAACAUCAUAAUUCUAAUAGAGACGUAAGAUGUGAAUAUAUGACUGAUGUAAUUAGACCACUUAAAAGUCACACCAGGAUUUUAUGUAGUAGAUGAAUUAUAGUCGACUAUAAAUAGUUUAGUAUGAGACUGCAUCCUUGCGCGUGCUAUUCACUUUCUUUUUAAAGUUGUUAACUUAAUUGUUGAAUAAUUUUGAAAAUGAGUUGAUUUAAACAUGUAACCUAAUAUUUAUUACUGCCAUUAAUAUUACUUACAUUAUGAGAUGGAAGGUAAUGACAAAUUUCUUUAUUAUUAAAGAGAUACAAAUUUAUGACUGUGCCAAGAUAAAUUGUUAUGUGGAUUUUGUUUCAGCUUUACUAAUAUUGUAUCAUGAGUUUAACGAAUUAAGAAUUAUAUUUCAGAUUUUUUAACUCAGUUUUAAACAAUACUGAGAAUACAUAAAUUGACCCAAUAAAUUCUGUAGCGUAAAAAACCAAGAUGAGUAUUAUAAUAAUCUAGAAUAUUGUUUGUUUUUUAAUAUACUAACCAUAUUACUUAUCUUGUUUAUUAUGAACCAACUACUGCUGAAAUUCUAUAGUUAAAUGAAUGUUUAAUCUUGGUCCAAAAAAGUUGUACAAACAGGUGAGUAAUUAUAAACGAAAAAUUACAUACACAAUUUAUUGCUUACUCAAAGUGGAAAAUUUAGCUCCUCCAACUACCCGCUAAAAUAAAACACUUUUCAUAUUUAGCGAUUUAAAAUAUACGUGUUUUUCGUCUGUUAGUAAAAUUUAAAGACUGGUGUUUGUUAAACAUUACGCACAAUAUGUAUAUUAAAUUUUCAUUGUGAUCAAUACGAUACGUUUUAAACUGAUUUAUUGUAUUGAUUCCGAUUUCUUAAAGCAAUGCUUUUUUUUAUACAUUAUUUUUAUUUUAUAGAACAUUCAUUAAAAUUUAUUUUCCUCCAGCAAUUUUAUAACGUCAUCUCGAAAGAAAAAUCCAAUUAAAUAAUCAUUAAGAAAUCAAAGUGUGAACAAAUUUAUUUUAUGAAAAUUACGUAUAAAUAAAGUAUAUAAAUUAUAAAUAUACAAGGUAACAAAAAAUUGAUGACGUCUUCACAAAAUUUCGUACGUAAACCUUCAAUUUAACAUUUUGUCUACAAAACAUUAUAAUAAUAAGUCACUUGUUUUUACUAUAAAUCGGAUUUCAGAACGUUCCACUAUUUUUUAAUUUAAUGUUUCUUUGGUAAAAAAUAUAAACGAUUAUGAAUAAAGUUAUUUACGCCGAACUAAUUAUUUCUGAAACACAACCAACACCGAUGGUGAUUAUGCUUCAAAGGCGAGAAAAGUAGUUAUUUGUUUUGUGACAUUUGUAAAUAUGGAACUUUCUGGCUUUCUUACUUUAAAAUCUGUGGCACAGUGUUGUCGCGACAUCUAUAAGUCCAAAUUCAAGCUCACAAUGUGGGUCAAGUGCUGUUAGGUGCUUAGAAAAAUUUUGUUCUGCUGCUCUAGUUUUAAACCACCGGUCUAGUUAAAUCCAUAUUAUAGUUCAGGGAGUUGGUUGAACUUAAAUUCAAGUUUAUUCUGCAUAAAAUGAUUUUUGUCCAGCAGAGUAAAUGGUAACGGACAAGAUAAAAGAAAUGGAUGCAAAAACUAAGUGUAUUUUGUUUCGCUAAAUUUUUGAGAAGUGCAUUUGAACUAAAUUGGAUGAUUUAUUAUUAUUAAAAAAUACAAAGUAGGCACCCUAGAGCUCUCUGGGUUUUGCUGUAAAAUUCUAUAUUUGCGUAUGACUUAUUAAGUGAAAUUAACCCCAUUAACAAAAAUUACAAAAUACUUAGCUUUCCCAGUAACAUUUAAUUAAUCAGUCAUGUUAUUUUUUAACUUUUUUUUUUAAGUUAUCAGUGCUCUUCACGUUUAAAGAUGUUACAUUAUCGUCUUGGAUGCUCUGAGUAUACAUUGAAUACUAAAAAUGUUGUAGUGCUUACACGCAGCUAAGUAUGUAAUUUAUUUAAAAACUGUUACUGACACCGGUUAGUAUGCAAAACUGAGUCUUAAUAAAACUAAAGUCCUUUACUAAGACUUAAGAAGCUCACCUAUCAGACCAUCGCCCUAUGUGUUUAGUUCGUUUUAUUGUACCUACGUCAUAAUGCAAGCAAAAAACACACAACACAAUAUGUUAUGACAAAACUACUCCGAAAAUAAAACGGAGACUGAGCAUUAGCAACUGAGUAGUGAAAGACUUCAGAAAUUUGGUAAAAGCAAAUUUUAAAAAGUAUUCUAAGGAAAGUUUUUCGUGUCAACUACAUUGAGACCAAAGACAGUUUACUUGGCUGUGACCUAAUUACAUUAAAACCAAUAAAAAAUUUCAGACUUUAAACACUCACCCCCAAAAAAUUAAGAUCAGAAAUUCGUAAGCAAUAAAAAACAGAACUGUCAGCUAAAAAAUUCAAAAUCAGCAAAAAGAGAAUGUCCUAACGCUAUAUAAUAUGUAAAUCAACUUAUGUAUGAAGUGAAUAAUCAAAUUUCAAAACUCAAACUUCAAUACCCUCUAUAGCGAUUAAGAUUUAUAAAAGGAACACCAAUCGUAAAGACAUAUAAAACCGACCUGCGCAUUCAGUAAUGUUCAUGAAUUGCAAUGCGUCAUUUUAUGUUGUAUAUUGAAAAACAGGAAUCUGUUCUUGAAGAAUAUAACUUAAAGGAUUUAAACAAUAGGUCAGUUGUAUAUGGUGCCAUAGAAUAUCCCCUUAAAAUAUACAUACAAGUCCCAGUGUAAUUAGAAACACGAAAAUAUCUGUAUAUUGACAAGUCACGAGUUCCAGUAUUUGAUAGCCCCAGAGAUCGUAAAUUAAGAAAACCUACUUUAGGAAAAGCUGCUGAUUCUGUAUGACGAUACUGUAGAGUUGUUGGAAUAGGAAAUCUUAUAAGUUUGUUAUACGGUUUUAUAAUUUGUUCGCAAGUACAGGAACCCAAGUCUUUCGCGUUGAAAUUUGUACCGCAUGUAUAUAUUUUAGAUAUAGUUGUCUUAAAUAAUGAAAUAAAACUGUGUUUAAUUAUCAAACAUAAUGUUUAAAUAAAACACAGCGAGACCAACUGUCGCAUUUAUAGGUAUAUAUAUAAUUUUGUUUGUUGUUGAUAUUUUUAUAUUUUAUUUAUCUUUAGUUUAUAUCGCCACAAUGAGGCUAAAAUUUGUCUGUAAGUAGAUUGAAAUACUUUAUAGAUGCUACCCCAUGCUCCAUCACAAGAGAAAUGCAUUUUAGUACCUGCUGUGCUUGUAAGUUGGCCUUAUACAAAAUUUAUUACUGUUAGUUAUAAUAUCCAUUAUCAUAGGAUUUUAAGAAACGAUAAAACUCAGUAUUUUAAAAAACGGAUACGUGUUGCGCAUGUUCAAAUACUUCCAUGUAAAUUAAAAUUUACAUUAAUUAAAAAACUGCUCUUUAGUGACCACUUUAACAGUAAUCAUCAUUAAUGGUAAUAAGGAAUACAGGGUAGAAUAUGAUACUAUAUGGCCCAAAACUCCAAAGUUUUAUGGUGUAACAAAAAUGGUUUUAAUGCGAUUUAUUACAAUACAUACAGAUUGAAAUUAAUUAAUUAAAGCAUAAAUAUAUUCAGUUUCCAUUCGUUUCCAAUUUAUCCUGUGUUCAAGUUUUUUGUAGUUUGCAUUAAUUUAUUACGAUUCAUUUAAAAUUAUAAUUAUACAUUAAUCAUCUCUUAUAGGUUAACACUGACAUGACUCACUUGUCAUUUUAAGGUUGGGAUGAAAUUCCUAACGAGAUAUUUUUUUAAUCACUGGUAAAAGUAAGAAAAAAAUAAGUCAACUCAAGUAAAAAUCACUACUGUAAAAAUUAAUGAAUUUGCGAUUCAUAUAUUUUUAUUACAAGUGUGCGUCUUAUGCCUGGUUGCUACCAAUGGUUUACUUAUAGAAAUUAGUAGUUAACUGGAAAAUCAAAAACAAGAAUAUCGAUUUUAUCUUGAAAUAUUACCACUUGUUAGGUAACUAAUUACUGGGCUAUCUUUAAAAAAGAUGUAACUUUUAACUUUGUUUUAACGUGCAAAUGACUUACAUUAGUGUUAAUGGUAUUAAAAUAGCAAGAUUAAUUACAAAUCAACCAAUCACUUGAGAACGGGUAUAUAGUUGUAAUGUUUUAGUAUUUUGAUGUCUAUAGAAGGCAGCUAUGCCUAUAGGUACUUUCAGAGGUAGUUAAAAAAUCUAUGUGACAAAAUUGUGAUGUGCCCUUAUUGAUUAAUAUCACCGUUAACUUCAAAAUUGUUUUCAAGUGGUAGUUUUCUUCUGACUGGAGUUGAAAAAUACUCACAUUUAACAGGCAUAAAAAGCAGUUUUUAAAUAAUUGAGUUUAAAAUACAACACUCAAAAGUCAUAUUGAUUUUAAGGUAGUGACUUGUGACAUAGGUAACUAUUAUUAUUAAGCACUUUGAUGUAAGGUGUUUCAACAGCCAUGUCCCCAGUCAUUACCGAUCUCAUAAUCUAAUUUAAAAGUAUUUAACAUAAGUUAUUUAUUGUAUUUUUUAUAAUGUGAAAUAUAUAAACUGUUUUGUUAGAA